AUGAAAAGCGUAAUACCCUUAGCUCGUAGUUUCUCAACUACCAUUUGUAGGUUGAAACCAUUAUAUCUUAAUCCACAUGCAUGGAAGGAUUUACCAGCAGAUCAAAUUUUUGAAUUACAUGAAACAAGAAAGAAAUAUUUAGGUGAUGCAUAUAAUCCAACAAAUGAAGAACGAACAGCUAUAUUAUCUACUGUUUCAUCAUUAGUUAAAAAUCAACCUACUUUAGAUUAUGCAUAUGAGAUUGAAAAUUUUAAAGAAAGAUUAAUGAAUAAUACACCAAUGAAAGAUCGAGGAAAACCACAAAAAUUAAAUAAUCAAUUUGUUAUAGAUAAUGGAGCAAUACCCCAUAAUCAACGUAGAAUUGAGAAUUUAAAUAGAGUAGCUGCUUUUGAAAUCCCAUUAUUAGCUAAAUAUAGACAACCAUAUCAACCAAAACCAAAAUAUCAAACCCCAUUGAAAUUAAUUUAUCAAUCUGAUUUUUCAAAUGAGACUAAUUCACAAUAUAAUAGACUUGUGAAACUAGAAGUUAAAUUAAGGGAUCUUGAAUUGGAUUUAAAGCAAGAAUAUAAAUUUAAAGUCUUAGCUGGUAAACAUUUCAAUCAUGAUUUAAAUACAUUUAAAUUGAAAAGUGAUAGACAUGCAGAAGUUGCACAAAAUGUAAACUACCUAGUUUCUACAUUUAAUAAAUUAUUAACUGAAGCUAAGGAUUUAACUGAUGAUAUGAGUGAUGUACCAUUAGAUAAACGUCAUAUGAAGACUAUAAUUGGUAAAAAACAACCACAAUUUCCUAAAGAAUGGGAAAAACAAGAAGAUGCUCCAGUUAAAAGACAUAGAAUAAUUGAACAUUUAAUUAAAGAACGAACAAGAACAGUUGAUGAAUCAUUUAUUAAUAGUUUAUCACCAUAA